AUGCUAGGCCGGCCGCUAACGACAGCGGAGGCGGUGUGGCUGGAAGCGACGCGCGGCGUGGCGGAUUACCAGCUGUACUGCUGCACUGUAGUGCUGCUCGUCAUUCUCUACACGGUCGCGUGCCUGCCGUACGCGAUAUUAGACUACCUCCGCCUGCCCUUCUUCGAGCAGUACCGCCUACAGCCCGCCGUGGCCCACUCGCUGGCCGACACGUGGAAGUGCUAUAAAGACGUGAUCGGCGUGAUGGUCACCACGAUCCUCCCCCUUCAGCUGCUCUCGUAUCCUUUCUUCAAGGUGCGCUCCCUUCAGCUCAUUUCCGCCCCCUUCCCCCGGACCCGCCUUGGUCCAAUGACGCGCAGCACAGGCUCACUCCCCGAACCAACCCCUUUCGAGGCGCCUCAAAAGUCGUCCCCUAUUGAGGCGCCUCAAAAGCCGUCCCCUGGACCCGCCUUGCUCCAAUGGCGUGCAACACAGGCUCACUCCCCAACCAACCCCCUCCGCCAUGCCCUUCCGCUCAUACGGCUAUCCUCUCCCCGAUCCCCUCCCCCAUCCCCUCCCCCAUCCCCUCCGCCAUCCCCUCCCCGAUCCCUUCCCCUCUUCGACCUUCUCCUCCCAUCCCUUCCCCCAUCUCCUAUAGUACCAAACGCCGUCUAUACUCCCUCUCUCACCCCCUCUCCCAACCCUUCCCCCAUCCCCUUCCCCAUCCCUUUCCCCAUCCCCUUCCCCAUCCCCUUUCCCAUCCCCUCCCCCAUCUCCCCCCCUUAUCCUCUCCCAAUUCCCAUCCUCCCUCCUCUCUUCGCCCUUUCCCUGUACCAUCAGGUAGCGGGAAUCACGACGUCGCUGCCGCUCCGCACGCACUCCACGUUAGCGCUGCAGCUGUUGUUAGCAGGCAUCACGGCGUCUUUGCCGCUCCCCACGCUCUCCACGCUGGCUUUACAGCUGUUCGUCUUCCUUCUCGUAGAAGACUACGGCAACUACUGGAUCCACCGCCUCUUCCACCACCCGCUCCUCUACAAGCACAUUCACUACAAGCACCACGAGUACACGUCACCCAUGAGCGCCGCUGCCACGUACGCGCACUGGAUCGAGGUGCUGCUGCUGGGCGUGCCCACGCUCGUGGGGCCUGCGAUCGUGCAGUGCCACGUGGUCACGCUGUGGGUGUGGAUCCUGCUGCGACAGCUGGAGGCCAUCGAGACGCACUCAGGGUACGACUUCCCCUGGUCGCCAACGCGCCUGAUCCCGUUCUACGGGGGCCCUCGCUUCCACGACUACCACCACGAGGUGGGGGGAGAGAGCCACUGCAACUUCGCCUCCAUCUUCACCAUCUGUGACUGGCUUUACGGCACUGAUAAGGGCUACUAUGCCAAGGUGGCAGCCGAGGACAAGAUGAAGAAACUACGGGCAGAGAAGACAGGUCUGAAAAAUGAGUAG